CUUUUGCAAAGAACGUCUUGAAGUUGAGAUACUCAAUAUAUCCGAGCACCUCUGCGAACAAUCAUGCCAUAUUUGAAGCUUCGAGAUGGAGCCGAGCUUUACUACAAGGACUGGGGCAACCGCGGAGGGGCCAUGGUCACCUUCUCCCACGGGUGGCCCUUGAGCAGUGACAAUUGGGAAAAUCAAAUGAUGUUUCUAGCUGAUCACGGAUACCGUGUGAUUGCGCACGACCGACGUGGUCAUGGUCGAUCUACUCAGACCUGGCACGGGAACAACAUGGAUACCUUUGUCGAUGACCUCGAGGAGCUUUUUGCCCACCUGAAGAUCAAAGAUGCAGUGAUGGUUGGCCACUCGCACGGCGGAGGAGAGGUUACCCACUACCUAGGAAAACAUGGCACAAGCCGUUUCAAGAAGGCCGUUCUGGUCGGUGCCGUGCCCCCUCUGAUGGUAAAGACCAGUGCCAACACCGAGGGGACUGAUAAGUCUGUUUUCGAUUCUUUCCGAGAGGCCAUGCGGAAGGACCGCGCGCAGUUUUUCUUGGAUGUUCCUAGUGGGCCGUUCUUUGGAUUCAAUCGGCCCGAUGCACAGAAAAGCGAAGGGCAAAUCCGUAGCUGGUGGCAGCAGGGGAUGAACACCAGCUUCAAGUCCGCGUACGACUCGAUUAAGGAUUUCUCGGAAACGGAUUUCACGGAAGAUCUGAAGAAGAUCGAUAUUCCGGUGCUGGUUCUGCAUGGGGAUGAUGACCAGGUUGUUCCUAUCGAGGCAUCCGGACUCAAGUCAGCAAAACUGCUGCCUCAAGGCACUUUGAAGGUUUACAAAGGAGGCUCUCACGCUAUUCACAACAUCAAUGUUGACCAAGUCAACAAAGAUCUGGUCGACUUUAUCAGGUCAUGAACUUUCUUAGUCUCGACAGGGAGGAUAACUGAAAAAUAAAGGAUCGUGAACCUUUAAAGGAAGAUGGACCAUGAUUUCAGUUGUAUCCAAUUCACCAAAUACGAAAAUGCUAAACAUGGAUGCAGCAAAAGAUGCUACUGGUAAUUUCCGUCGAUAAAUCUGACACUGCAGUUUCAAUCGCCACAGAUGAAGGUAGAAGUAUAUUUACAAUCUAGUCCCCAGAAGUGGAUGAGGUUUGACCCUUCCCACGAGUAUUUUGGAAUGCCAAAUCCAACACCUACUUAUGUAUUUACUUGGUAACUGUCAUCACAACAACAGUUGACAUAAUUAUGUCUGAUCCAGCCAUAAACAAUCCGGCUAUUAAUUCCACCAAACAUGGGCUUAGACGGUGGAAUUCUCGCUUGAU